AUGGCAGAAAAUAUGCAAACUAAAGAACCUAGCUCACACCAACCAACUUCACAGUCUUCAGACCAUCCUACUCCGCUAUCUUCACACCAACCAACUCUAGUAGAAAGUUCUACCGGUACAACUGAAGGUCCUAAUAAUGAACCUAUGCAACAACCACCUAGCGUGAAGGUGGAUGUCCAUGGUGUAUCAUCAACAAAAACUGGAGGAGGGAGGCUCAAAAGCAUUGUGUGGAACCAUUUUGAUAAGAUUAAAACUAUUGAUGGGCAAGACAAGGCCCAAUGUAAAUACUGCAAAAAGCUUCUCGAGGGAGCAUCAAAGAAUGGAACAAAGCAUUUGCAUGCCCAUAUGGAAAAAUGCAUUCAGAAAAGGUUACAUGACAAAGGGAAGGGACAAACAUUUCUUAUUCCUAAGGUUACACAAGGUAAACAAGAAUUGACUGCUGGAGGUUAUAAUGAAGAAAAUGCAAGGAAGGAUCUUGCAUGUUCUAUUAUCAUGCAUGAAUAUCCACUUUCAAUAGUGAAUCAUGUUGGGUUUAGAAUAUUUUUAGCUACACUCCAACCACAAUUUCAAUGUCCUUCACGAAACACUAUAAAGAAAGAGAUAUUUAAUGUUUAUGACUUUGAAAAAUCAAUUGUUAUGAAGCUGUUGGAUACAAAUGAAGGAAGGAUAGCAAUUACAUCAUAUAUGUGGACUGCAAGCAACCAAAAGAAAUGGUAUAUGGUUGUCACAGCUCAUUACAUUGAUAGCUCAUGGACUUUGCAAAGUCACAUUUUGAGGUUCAUUUAUGUUCCUUCACCUCACACAAGUGAAAGACUUUGCAAUGCACUAGUUGAGUGUUUGCUGGAUUGGAACAUUGAUACAAAAUUGUCUACUAUCACUUUGGAUAAUUGUUCUAGAUCAAUUGAAGAAUCAACUUUUACUGAUGAGAUUGAAUCCGAUGAUGAAGUUCUUGAGGAUCGAGUAACUAUUCCAUUGCCUUUGGACUAUGAGCCAAGUGUUAAAACACUUAUCUUCUUGGGACUGGACGCUGAAGCACUAUCGUCCAAGGACUGA